AUGGCUCCAGCUUCCAACGAAGAACAAUUCAAGUUCCUUAUUAGCUGUAUUCGAUAUAGCAACAAUGGAAAGGUAUUUCUCCUCCACUGCAGCGUCUUGCUAUCCAUAUACUUUCCUACCACGAUCCUAUUCAAGCUGUUUUCGAAGACGGCUGCUCAAAUCUCACAGGUAGACUUCGGUCAAGUAGCUAAAGAAUGCAAGAUCGUUACCAAAGGCGCAGCCGCAAAACGUUACGAACGCAUGAUGCGCUCCCACGGCAUCGCACCCAACGCUGCAUCCAUCAAGCCCGCGCCAGGUCCCUCCUCCACCCCCAACUCUCGCGCCUCGGCUCCCACCUCCGCACCGCGCGGCAAGUCCACCGGCAAGAAACGCAAGUUUUCCCACGAAGAUGAGAAUGCGGAUGAUGAGGAGGAUUUUUCAUCCGGCCAGGGCCCGAGCGGAAAUAAGGUCAAGAGAGAAGUGAAGAGCGAGAUGGGUGCGAGAAGUGCGGUUAAGGAGGAGAUGUAUCGGGAAGAUUCUCCAAGCGCGCAGUUGAGAGAGGGGAUGCAGAUGCAGAUGGGUUUGGGAGCUGGAUUGUGUGAUGUGAAUAGGGAGUUGGUGGGUUAUUAUAGUGGGGGGAGUAGUGCGGCGGGGAGUGUUAGUGGGGAGGGGGGUGAUUUUGAGUUUGGUGAUGGGGAGGAGUAUGCGGGUGGUGUGGUUUCGGGUGGAGUGGGUACUACUGCUUCGGCUUCUGGUGCUUUGAAUGCAUAUGGUCAGCCCCAGAAUGGAUAUGGUUUCAAUGCAGGUGGUUAUGGUGGGAUGAUGGGCGGUCACGGUAUGAUGGGAAGCGGAAGUGGUACGGGUAGUCACGGUGGACAGAACAUGACGGCAUCUAGAAGUCGUGCUGCAGGAUCGAAUGGAAUGGGUAUGAGUGCUCAGCAGUAUUAG